GAAUUCAUACGUUAAAGUUAUCAAAAUGAACAACAAAAUUGGCCUUUUGGGUGUUAAAUCUAACUCCGGCUUUGUUAUCAAAGAAGCAAGCCCCUUUGCAUUGAAUUCGGUCACGAAGUCGUCUUCUCCGGCAAAUUCCGAUCCGCCAUGUUCUUACUCCGAGUUCACUCAGUGGAAGCGGACCACCCUCUCGACCCCCAAACCAUCUUCUCAGCUCCCAUCCCCCAAUCCCACAUCCCUAAAUUCACCGAACGCAGAGGCUUCCUCCACUUGUUCCGAACCACCACCGCCUCCUCCUCCUCCUCCUCUCUUCUCCUCUUCAUCCUCGCCGUCCCCAACUACCUCUCCUUCGAAGACUUCAUUCGCUUCUGUAACCCUCACCUCGACCACCUCCAUCACCUUCUCUUCAUCAGGAAUGAUGGCAUGGAAGAUCGGUAUAGUGUGUUGAUUGAGUUUCAUGAUCAGGUUACUGCUGAUGGAUUUUACAGCAAUUUCAAUGGGAAGAAGUUUUCUCCUGGCGAGGCAGAGCUGUGCCAUAUUUUAUCUUUGCUCUCCGUGGAGUACUCGGAGUUUGCAGAAGUUGCUGGGACUCCUCCUGUAGGUUGUACAGAAAUACCAACUUGCCCGGUUUGCCUCGAGAGAUUGGACCCAGAUACAAGUGGAAUACUUAAAACACUAUGUGACCACUCAUUUCAAUGCCCUUGUGUCUCUAAAUGGACGUACUUAUCGUGCCAGGUGUGCCAAUUCUGCCAGCAACAGGAUGAGAAGCAAACCUGUUUUGUUUGUGGAACAUUAGAUGACGUCUGGGUUUGUAUGAUUUGUGGAUUUGUUGGAUGUGGAAGAUAUAAAGAAGGACAUGCUAUUCAGCAUUGGAAAGAUACCCAGCAUUGCUAUUCUCUUGAUUUUAAAACACAGCAAAUUUGGGAUUAUGUGGGUGACAAUUAUGUCCAUCGACUGAACCAGAACCAGUCUAAGAUUGAUGGCAAGUUGGAGGAGAUGAAUUCUCGUUGUGUGUCACUGGAAGGAGAUUGUGAUUCAUGUGAAUGUCCUGAAGAUUUAGGAAUUAAUGGGGCACUUAUCAACAGCAAAGUUGAAGCGAUUGUGGAUGAAUACAACCGUCUUCUUGCUUCUCAGUUGGAGACUCAAAGACAACAUUAUGAAUCUUUACUAGUGGAGGCCAAAAGUAAAGCGGAAAGUUCCCUAUCUGAAGCAGUGGAGAAAGCUGCAACUUCUGAAAUGCAGGAUAUCCAAAAUGAACUUGAAAAGUGCACAGAAGAAAGAGAUGCCGUUGCUGAGGUCAAUCGCAAACUCAUAAAAAAUCAAGAGAUGUGGCGGAAUAAGGUUAAAGAAGCUGAACAGUGGGAAGCUACAUCAAUGGAGUCGUUCAAUGAGAGGAAACUUGAUUUGGAGGAACAGAUAAGAGAUAUCAAGAUUUUUCUAGAAGCACAAAAGACAAUUGAUAAGAUGUCAGAUUCAAACGGAAUCAAGGAUGGAACAGUCUUACCAGUGGCCUAUGAGCAAUCUUCCUCAGGCAACAGUAAGAAAAACAGAAAGUCUGGUCGAAGGAGGAACUAGUUGUACCAUCAACCACUGCACAUUUGAAAAAAACUUGUGGAUUUGUCUACUUUUUAGGAGGCAUGUUUAGGGCUCAAAUACCUGUGAGGAUAUAGAGGAGUUAGAUCCAACUCAGGGCCUUAAAUGGUUGUUGUCUGACUGUAUAUAUUUGAUGCUUGUGAAUAGUUAGUUCAACUAGUUUGGCAGUCCCACUCCUCAGGCAUUCUCUGAGCCUGGGAUGCUUCUUGUGGUUAGCAAGUUGUAUAUUCAACUCCUUUGCAACUUGUUUGCUUUUUGUGGAACUACAGAUAGCUAGAUGAUAUCUUUGUAAUUUUGAAAA